AUGAUACCAGCUCACGAGUAUGUGAAGUUGGAGCUGGAAGGCGGGGAGUUGAUCAGGCUACUUCACCUCCUACCCUCCGCAAAUCAUGCUGAGGACCGGUCACUGCGGUGCGAGCUCGUUCCCGCGUCCCUUUCCGACCCGCCUCCCUAUGUCGCGGUGUCAUACACUUGGGGCAGCGAUGUCUUCCCCCGCCAACUCUUCGUCGAGAAUGCGGCCAUCGCCAUCACCGAGAACCUCUACCAAGCGCUGGAGCAGUUCCGCGACGAAGAGAAAGCGCGGCUUCUAUGGGUCGAUGCAGUGUGCAUAAAUCAGGGGGAUGAGGGGGAAAAAGCGGUACAGAUACCGCUGAUGGCAAGCAUCUACAGCAGCGCGACCGAAGUGUUCAUCUGGUUGGGCGAAGGGAAUGCCGAGAUGCACGACGUCAUGCGUUUCUUGCAGCGGACUGGGCGCAAGUUCUUCGAGCGUGGGACCGAGAUCCUGGAGCCGCGGGAUGAGGAACAAGAAAGCCAGGGUUUGUGGGAGCAGGUGAUCAGGGAUCCCAGCCUCACCAAGGCCCAGCUUGUGUGGGAACGGCCAUGGUUCACUCGACGAUGGGUGAUACAGGAGCUUGCCUUUGCCCAGAGGCCGACAGUGCACCUAGGCCCGGUCAGCAUGCCGUGGGAGCACCUGCACGCAGCCACGAAGGCGUUGAUUCGACUUGUCUCCGACGGAAGCUUCUUGAACCGCUACUUACUAAGCUACUCGGAGUGGUUUCCGGCAGACAGCCAAUCGAGCGUGAACGUAACUAUUCUAAACGACAUCCGCAAGGGCUUGAGUGCCGCAUCAGAGUCUGAUGGCACAGUCGGGAUAUUCCAAUGUGUGGCCGACGCGAGCAUAUUUGACUGCAAGGAGGACAAGGAUAAAGUGUUCUCCCUGAUCGGCAUCUUCAAUCACGGGCGGACCGAGCCCCUACGAAUUGAUUACCGACUUCCCACAGCCGUUGUGUUUGAAAAGUUUGCUCGCUUCUGCUUCGAGCACGGAGACCCGAGGGACUACCUUGACAUGCUGUCGUAUGCGGGCUUGUCAAGGCACAUCCGCAGUGGUGAAUCAUUGAGAAUUCCCUCGUGGGUCCCAGAUUGGCGCGUGAAGCUUGAGACCACCGAUCUUCUGAGCAACUUCCGAGCCGGACAUCGCUUGGCAGCCACUGCAGAGCUGCUAUCGGAUCUCCAGGAGCUCGUGGUCCGAGGACUCGUUCUCGACAGAGUGCGGUGCGUGUUGCCGCCAAUGAACAGUUUCAAAUUGGAAAUAGAGAGGUACGAGAUAUUGAGGCCUAGCUUUGAUGCACGCUGGCUCGAAGCAUUGGAGAAAAUGUUCUCGUCUAUUUUUGGGCCGUUUGGCUCCCCGACUCCUUAUGCCGCAGGGGAGACAGCGUGGGAAGCCCUCAUGAGGACUCUGAUCAUCGACCGGGACGACCUUAUCUGGAAUGCCGAGAAGGACCUCCCCCACAGUGAAACUCAGUCGGAGCUCAGAUACUCUGCUACGCCUUUCUUUCAAGAAUACGCCAAUUUUAGGGCAAGGAUGUUCACCGCCCUCAAGAGCCAACAUUCCGUCGAGUCUGGGCACCCAGCGGCAGACGAAGAGCAGGCCGCCGUCCUCACGCAUGGAACGAUAGAAUACCAGACACGAGCAUAUGUCAACUGCAAGGACAGGGCCUUCUAUAUCACUGAACGAGGACUUGUCGGCCUGGGACCGCGGGAGACGGUGCCUGGAGACAUCGUCGGCUUGCCCGCUGGCGCCAGCGUGCCGUACGUCUUGCGUCCGGAAAAGGAGGGUUUGGCCAUGAUGUGGGAUGAGGCGGCGGAUAUUGAGAUUGCGAAACCGGGGUACCUGAUGAUGCCUGAUGGUAGCAUGAGGGCGCUGAUCCUACGGGCUGAUCAGCCACGGUACCAGUUGGUGGGUGAAUGCUACACACAUGGGCUUAUGUACGGCAAGGCGUGGGAAUUGGUGGGCUUUCCAUUCGAAGAAUUCACUCUGUUCUAG